ACACAACGCAAAUUCCAACCCUAACUCUUGUCUCCGUUCUUAACGCCCAACGCCAGCGACCCUCGUCCCGUCAACAACCCCGUCAACUCCCAGGUCCCGCCUUUAAAACCUCAAGAUGACUCACGAGAGCGUUUGGUACAGCCGGCCCCGCAAGUACGGCAAGGGCUCCCGCGAAUGCCGUGUCUGCUCCCACCGCGCCGGUCUGAUCCGCAAGUACGGCAUGAACAUCUGCCGUCAGUGCUUCCGUGAGAAGUCCACCGACAUCGGUUUCACUAAGGUUCGUUUCAAUUCCUCGCUCGACAGUCCUAUCCGAUUCUAUUCGAAUACCACACAACCACAUUCUCCGACAUGA